AUGAGACGUGUGCAUCCAGAUCAUAUGAUCAAGGCACAUGAUGGUAGAGAAAAUGGUAGCAAUGAUUUAAAAGAUGAUGAUGACGAACCAGAGGUAAGUAUUUCAGAAUCUGGGGAACAGACUGUCGCAGAUGACAAUGGCGAAAUAGCUACCGAGGUAAGUGAAUCACUGAUAGAGGUAGUUGAGAAAAACGUGACACCUGUGGUGUCUUCAGAUGUUGUUGCACGGCAGAAAGAUCUUCGGAGAUCUGGGAGAAUCAGAAAGCCAGUAAAUAGGUUUGGAUGGUAAGCAUUUUCUGUUUGUGUUGUUCUUUGACUAAUAUAUAUAAAUAACUAAUAAAAAAAGGAAAAGCAGUGUAAUAUAUUAAGGUUCAUAUUAGCAUAAUUUAUGCAUAUCCCGUAAUGCUGUACGGGAGUAAAAGAAUUGUGUUGUAACUCGACCACGUUGUUUGUUUUGCUUAUAUUCUUAUACCACGCUUGGCAUUUUUUUCUUCAGAAACGUCCAGUUCGUUUUUGCUGUACAAGAAAUUCUUCAAUAUUGAUGCUUUUUCUACGAUAUUUUGCACUUAUCUAGAACAUCUCAUUUUUAACAAGCUGAUGUUUUUUGUUUUUGAAAUUGUUACAUUUUUGGCAGGAAAAUAAUGCGACAAAAUUCGCGCCAAAAUUUUAUAUAAUAGAUACAGCUGAUUUUGUGUAUGAACCGGGAAGAGUAUACUAUUAGAUCCUCAAAUAUGAAGUCCGUUUUGAAUUAUGACUAUUCAUUACGAAGUUAUAUCAAUUCAAAAUACAAGAAAUCCGCCAUUUUGUUCUACUUUGAGAAACAAAAUGACGAAUUUUCGAAAUUCAACUAGCUAUAUCCUUGCAAUGAAUUGAGCCAUAACAAAACGGACUUCACAUUUGAGGUUCUUACAGUAUACUCUUUCAGAUUUAUUCAGAAGAAAACCUAUAUCUAUUAUAUAUUUUUUUGGCGCCAAUUUCGUCACAUUAUUUUCCCGCCAAAAAUGUAACAAUUUCAAAAACAAAAAACAUCAGAUCGUUAGAAAUGAUAUGUUCUAUGCAAAUGCGAAAUAUCUUAGAAGAAGAAUCAAAAUUGAAGAAUUUCUUGUACAGCAAAAAUUAACGAACUGGACGUUUCUGAAGAAAAAAUGCCAAGCGUGUACUAAAACAAGUCUCAGUAUACUACAAAUACUAAGAAAACAGAAUAUAUAAUUAUAGGAUAAAAGGCUUAUUAAUUUAUUUAAAUAAAACAGAUAGAUCCUCCAAUAUAUCUCUGCAUAGAAAAAAUCAAACGAGUUAAAACGAUUAAGUCAUUGGGUCUAAUGUUAGAUGAGACGCUAAGUUGGAAUGAACAGAUGAACGCAAUAACAACUAAAGUAAACAGAGGUUUGAAUUUAUUAAAAAGUUUAAAUUAUAAAGAGAAUGCUUAGACUUUGAAGCUUUACUAAUUGCCUAUAAAACAUUAGUGCAACCUUACUUUGAAUAUUGUUCACAGGUAUGGGCCGGCCUCGGUUCCACAAUUUCUGAUAAACUACAGCCAAGGCCGUAACUUUGGUAUUACGGAUUGGGGGGGGGGGCUUGUUUGGCACGACUAAAAAAACGUGUCCGUUGGAGAGAGGGAGGAAAAAUUUUCGAACAUACCAUUUUUCACAAACUUUUGAACUAAUGUACCGUAAUUUGUACAAUUUGUCAGUAAUGUUUUCGUACAUUUAUCAAAAUUUUCCCCUCAACUACUACUUUCAAUAAGUUAUGUUAACUUUUUUACUCAGUUGCAUUUUCUUGCCCGACGAGCGUGUCGUUGAAAUUGUAAAAAUUGCCCGACGAAACUGGAAUAUUACAAUAUUGAGGGGGGUGCCCUCCCAAACCCGCCCUGUAGUUACCGCGCUGACUGCAGCGUUUACAAAAUAGAGCUACACGCAAUUAUCACUAAGUGUGGAUACGAUGUCCGCUCCUGUGUUCUUCUACAACAAACCUUGACAAUAUGGGGACUCCUAGGAACCAACAACUUGCUACACUAAUGUUUAAAGUUAGAAAUUCAAUGGUUCGUCGCUCCAUAUCAAAUUUAUUUUAAAGAACCAAUGACGUACACAAUUACCAAUUUCAAGAAGAAAUAAUUUAGUUACUGGGGUGCGGUGGCUUGGAAUUAUUUACCUUGCGAUCUUAAAGUGCCUAUGACACGAAGUUUCACCCCAAAUGUUUAUGGUUGCAUUGUAAAGAUCACUUAAAAUGACUUAUUAUAAUAAUUUCUUUUAUAUAAUUUUGGUAACUUGCUCUCUUUUCAAGAUAUUCAACUUUGUUUCAUAUGCAAAUAUCAACGGUGUAACAUCAUAUCACAUAAUGAGUUUUCAGAAACGUAUAGUUAUCUUGACGAAAACGUAUCUAAAAAACUUAAAAAUUGCCCUUGUAUAUGUAUUAAUUUCAUAACUGGUAAUUAACCCUCUGCAUUGGUUUGUAAAAAUAUUUUAUCAAGGUAAAAUAUUGCGUUUUCAAAAUGUCAUUAUGCGAUGUGAUGUCACACCGGUGAUAUUUGCAUAUGAAACAAAGUUGAAUAUCUUGCAAAGGAAGCAAGUUACCAAAAUUCCAUAAAAGAAAUUAUUAAGUCAUUUUAAAGCGAUCUUCGCAAUGCAAUCAUAAACAUUUGGGGUGAAAUUUCGUGUCAUAGACACUUUAAAAGAUCUCAAACGAUCCGCAAUCUUUCAAAAAUAAGUUUUAAUUAAAACGAAAGUAAUCAUUUUCCUAUUGUAAUAAUUUUUAAAUAUAAGGCCUAUUGGAAGAUCACUCAUUUUGUUUUCUCUCUGUAUAUAUUUAAUUAGUUUUAUAUUGUGAAAUAGCUAUACGUAUUGAAAUAAAAGUGUAAUUGUUCUUAUUUCUAGCAAUAAUUGAUCAAGUUUUGACCGGCGAACAAGGUUGCAGAGGUGUGUUUCGAGGCUGGAUUGACAAUAGAUCAAACCCAACCAAAGAUCCACUUGUCACAACAAAUCUUGAAAAAUUGUGUCAGAGGGCUGUAUUUGUUGCACCAUCUUACAGUUUCGAGCCAUUCGUUACAGACAACUGUAAAGGUGAUGAAAAAUCGUUCAUCGAGCGUCUGUCCAUUUUUCACGUAUCGUCAACAUACAAAGUUAAAGUGCUGCAGAUCGUGCUAAGAUCGAAACUUUGUAUGCGACAACAACAGGUGAGUACUUAUGAUGUUGUGAUGAAUGGCAAGAAAUGCUUGCUGAAACUACAUCAACACACCAGAGAAGACGUGCUGAAAACUGACUUGCUAAAGAGUGUUCCUUUACGAAAAGAAAUCGAAAUUGUCAGAGUUCUGAAUGCUGCGGCAGAACCAUGUCCAUAUAUCGUUCGACUUCUCGGCUCGAGCAUUGAAGCCCCAAUGCACUUGAUCAUAGAAAGAACACCUAAAAACGAUCUUUUGACGUAUCUUCGAGGCUUUGUCAACGCCCCUGAAACUAAAGAAAUGUUCCAGUUUGCUGUGGAUGUUUGCAAAGCCAUGAUAUAUCUUGGUGAACAAAAUUUAAUCCAUCGUGAUUUGUGCGCCAAGAACUGUUUUGUCUUUAUGGAGAACGGAAUCCUGCUUACGAAACUUGGCGACUUUCACCUCGCCAGUCUUUCUUAUCCAGGUCCAAAGUCGCCAACCGGUCGGCAGAGUUCUAUAACACGAAAGGUCAAUGAUAUUUCCAAUGAAUUUGCCGUGCGUUGGAUGGCUAUUGAAGUAUUCCAGUUUGGUGAAUUCAGAACGGCAUCUGAUGUGUGGUCAUUCGGUGUAUUGCUGUCUGAGAUCUUUACCUUUGGUUGCAAGCCAUAUGUGAACAUGCCGAGUGGUUUGUCUCUGGAGCGUGACGAAGAAGUUCGAGAAUUUGUAAGUACACUAAUGUCGUUUGGAAAUAAACUAGUUAGUUGA